CAACCCAACCCAACCCAACCCAGGCUCCAGUGCCGGUCUCCUCCUCUUCUUCUUCUUCUUCUUCUUCUUCAAUCAUUCUUCUUGAUAUCAUAUUUAUAUAUAUACACAGAUUAGUAUGUCUUCUUCAACCAUCCAAAAAUGGCAAACUUUAAUCCCAUAAUCCCCCACCCUUUCUCUCCCUUCAUCAUCUUCAUCCUCUCUCUCAUCUUCACAUCCGUAACCGUAUCAACUCCAACUCCAAGUCCGACAUGUUCUAACUCAGGCCCAGUAGUCCGCAAAACCCCAUUAAUCACCUUUCUUGAAAUUCUCCAACGGACUGCACUCAACACCUUGGGUCCAAAAAACUUCGACCCAAAACUCUACGUAGAUCUUUCAUUAAAAUCCAAUCUGUCAAUUACCCAAAACGCAUUCGAUGAUCUUCCAAGGACCCCCAAUGGAUCUGUAUCGGUUACCGAUUUUAAUGGGUUUAUUCAGAGCUACUUCAAUGGUGCUGGAGAAGAUUUGGUUUAUACUGAACCGGUCGAUUUCGUGCCCGAACCAGAGGGUUUUUUGCCGGAGGUGGUGAACCGGGAGGUUCGGGCUUGGGCUUUGGAGGUUCAUUCGCUAUGGAAGAAUUUGAGCCGGAAAGUGUCGGACCGGGUCUUGGACCGGCCCGAGUUUCAUACUCUGCUCCCGUUGGCUAAACCGGUGAUGAUACCCGGGUCGAGGUUUAGAGAGGUUUACUAUUGGGAUUCUUACUGGGUAAUAAGGGGUUUGCUAGCAAGUAAAAUGUAUGAGACUGCAAAAGGAAUUGUGACAAAUCUCGUUUCCCUUAUAGAUGAAUUUGGGCAUGUUCUUAAUGGUGCGAGGGCAUAUUACACUAACAGGAGCCAACCUCCACUCCUGAGUGCGAUGGUGUAUGAGAUAUACACUAGGACCGGCGAUAUAGACUUUGCUAGAAAGUCUCUCCCUGCCUUGCUAAAAGAACACAAAUUUUGGAAUUCAGAAAUACAUAGUGUGAUAAUUCAUGAUGCUGAAGGAUGCAAUCGCACUUUAAGUCGAUACUAUGCAAUGUGGAACAAACCAAGGCCAGAAUCUUCAACCAUUGACAUUGAAACUGCUUCCAAGCUCAUGAAUGAUUCUGCAAAACAACAUCUUUAUAGGGAACUGGCUUCAACCGCUGAAAGUGGGUGGGAUUUCAGCACAAGAUGGAUGAGGAAUGGAUACGAUCUCACAACAUUGGCUACAACAUCAAUUAUACCUGUGGAUUUAAAUGCAUUCAUACUCAAGAUGGAACUUGACAUAGCGUUCUUAGCAAAUGUUACUGGAGAUUGUACCAUUUCUGUACACUUUCAAGAAGCGGCUCAAGCAAGAAAACAAGGCAUGAAUUCUGUUUUUUGGAAUGCAGAGAUGGGGCAAUGGUUUGAUUAUUGGCUUAGCAAUGGAACUACAUGCAAGGGUCACACAUGGGAGGCCUCAAACCAGAAUCGGAAUAUAUUUGCCUCAAACUUCGUUCCUCUGUGGAUUGAGUUGUUUAACUCAGAUUGCACAUUGGUGGAGCAAGUUAUGCAAAGUCUUCGAAGUUCAGGACUGAUUCAUGCAGUUGGGAUUGCAACAUCUCUAACUAAUUCUGGACAACAAUGGGACUUUCCAAAUGGUUGGGCACCACUACAGCACAUGAUUGUUGAAGGUUUGGCGAGGUCCGGAUCAAAGGAAGCGAGGUCGAUGGCAGAGGACAUUGCUGUGAGGUGGAUCAGAACCAACUAUGUUGCUUACAAGAAAUCAGGUGCAAUGCAUGAAAAAUACGAUGUUGAAAAAUGUGGAGAAUUUGGAGGAGGUGGUGAAUACAUACCCCAGACGGGCUUUGGGUGGUCGAAUGGAGUUGUAUUGGCAUUCUUGGAGGAGUUCGGAUGGCCACAAGACCUGAAGAUAGAUUGCAACUGAGCAAGGGAAUUGAAGACGAUUCAUUUGGUCAUACAUACUACUAAUAGUUGUCAAAUCGGGAUUCGAAUCGUGAAUUAAAAUGGCCUUGUACCGAAUCACGAAUCGAAUCGUGAAUCGUAAGAUUCAAUCAUUUUUUCUAAAUUACGUAGAAACAUAUAUCUACACAGUUCAAUGUUAAAUAUAUAUUAUGAAUAUGAAAUAUUUAGACUUAAAUUGAUGAAAAUUUUAUUUUAAA